AUGUCUUCCGAGAAAAACGAGGUUCCUGCUGGGUCGAUCCCUGCCGCUGAUGAAGUCGCACCUCAAGAUGACGCUGGGCAGGAUGCCGCGAUUGCCGAAAACCAUGUUGAUCAGGAAGAGCACGCCGCUGAGGCCCUCAUCAACCUCACGAUUAGCCUACCGCAAGAGCCCUACUCCAUGACGAUCCUGGUCUCGCCCCAGGAGCAAGUUCACGAAGUUCGUCAGUCCAUCAUUGACUUGCCUGCGGCCUUCCGGUACACUUGCUUCCACCUCGAGCACAAUGGCGAGCGCGUCAAUGACUUCAUCCCCAUGUCAGAAGUUCCCGGCAUUGCCGAAAAUCCUAACGUGACGCUGGUUGAGGAUCCCUAUACCGAAAAGGAGGCCCGCAUACAUCUUGUUAGGAUCCGUGAGCUCAUCGGUGGUGCGGGCGACCGUGCCGAUGUAGUCCAGGGUAUCUUGCCCGGCCUGUCGCUCCUUGAUUCUAUCGAUGUUACUGCGAAGCAUGGCUCCGAGCGAAACGAAGAUCAGCCGCCUGCUGAGCAGCCUGAAACACUGGCAGAGUCCACUUUUAGCUCUGCAGCUUCGAUUUCUCACCUCCUACCACCCCCACCCGACGAUGCUCCCAAGACCAUCAAGACCAUCACGCUCUCGUCCUGGAACCCGCCCCCGUGCCAUCUGAAACAAAGGGGGCACCUGCUCUACUUGAUCAUCACGACCAACGAAGGUGAACAGUUCCAGGUCACCGCACACGUUGGCGGCUUUUACGUCAACAAGUCUUCCAACAGCAAGUUCGAUCCGCUACCGCGGCCGGCUCCUAAAGGACAGUCUGCCCACUCGCUGCUGAGCCUCCUCGAGCUCAUAUCUCCGUCCUUUGAGUCGAGCUUCAAGGCUCUGCAGGAGUUCAACAACCGCAAAGACCCUCUUGCCACGUUCCAGAUUGCCAACGCUAUCCCCGCAGCACCCUGGAUUGUACCCUCCACCACGUCGCCCCACUGCACACACCUCUCCGACCCUACUCGCUCCCAGGAGACGUACCUGAUUGCGGGCGUGGACAAUACUGACACGCUGCGGGACUGGAACGAGGAGUUCCAAUCGGCGAAAGAAUUGCCGAAAGAGACUGUCCAAGAUCGAGUUUUCCGCGAAAGACUCCUUUCCAAGCUCUUCGCGGAUUACAACGACGCUGCCACCCGCGGUGCGGUCCUGGUAGCUCGUGGCGAAAUCCCACCCCUUAACCCUACAGAAUGCAAGGAUGCCCAAAUUUUUGUUUACAACAACGUCUUCUUCUCCUUCGGAGCCGACGGUGUGGGCACGUUCACUUCAGAGGGCGGAGAUGAAGCUGCACGGGUCGCCACUGGCAAGGACGUCGCAGGCGUAAGGCUAGUGAACCAGCUGGACGUUGACGGCCUGUUCACUACUGCAACAGUUGUCGUCGACUACCUCGGAAAGCGCAUCGUUGGCCAGAGUAUUGUUCCCGGUAUUUUUAAACCCCGCGAGCCUGGCGAGAAUCAAAUCGACUACGGCGCUGUGGAAGGCAAAGAUAUUGUAGCUGCGGAUGAUCGCUUCGUCUCGGUCUUUGAGAAAUUAUCCCGUGCGUUGAGGGUUAAGAAACAUCCAGUAUGGGACAAGGAGAGCAAACGCAUCGACCUCGAGGCCAGUGUUGAGACUAAGGGCUUGAUGGGAACUGAUGGACGCAAAUACGUGCUCGAUCUUUACAGAGUCACACCCCUGGAUGUUCCCUGGCUGGAGGCUUCAGCCGAAAAGGGCGAGUUCCCUGAAUACCCUCACCGCAUGACCGUGUUGCGUCCUGAGCUUGUGGAAUCCUUCGGCCGGAAGAAGAUGAAGGAGUGGGUUGACGAGCAGCUCGCGCAGCGCGCUCAGUCGAAGCAGGAUUCCACGGACGACGCGACAAAGCAGGCCUCGACUGCCGACAGCACAGGCGAAUCGACCGAAGCUCAAGCAACUUCUGAGAAGGAGAAGGACCGCAUCGAUCUCUCUCAGUUCCAAUUCGCUCUUAACCCCGACGCCUUCAGCGGCCAGUUGCCUCAAACGCCCGACGAGAAAGCGGAACUCAAGGCUGACGAGAAAGAUGUUCGUGUCGCCUGCGAGUAUCUGACCGAUCGGGUCAUUCCUGACUUGGUGCGCGAGCUUCAGGAUUGUGAUAUCAGUUUCCCCAUGGAUGGCCAAGCACUUAGUCGUUUGCUGCACAAGAGGGGUAUCAACGUGAGGUACCUGGGUAGGAUUGCCUCCCUGAGCACGGACCCGCGACUCCAGUGCCUAAGGGAUAUCGCCAUCCAGGAUAUGGUCGCCCGUUCGUUUAAGCACGUCAUUUCUUCCUUCUUGCGGGAGACCCCCAGCCCGUUGGCCUCGUCUUGCGUUGCCCAUCUUCUGAACUGCCUUCUCGGCGCGGAGUUGAAUCCGAAGCCUGUUGCCGACGUGGAUCCCACCAUGAAGGCGCUUUACUCGGAUCUCGAUACCUCGUACGAAUCAGUCACUCCGCAGAUCUUAAGGGCUCGUAUCUCUGAAGAAACACAUCGACGGUACAGGUUUAAGCUGGAUGGCGAGUGGUACAAGAGCAUUAAGCCUCUUCAGACCCUCAGAGAAAUCUCUCUUAAGCUUGGUCUCCAGUUGCAAGCCAAGGAGUACUUGUUCUCCAAGACGGACAGUACCGAAGCUCCUACUGAAGCCAAGCCCGCUGAUGCGACGGCCAAUGGUCAGCUUAAUGGCGAGUCAAAGAAGAAGAACAAAAAGAAGAACCGCGACGCCUCGCCUGCUGCAGUCGCUACUACUGGAGCACCGUGCACGUUCAGUGCCGACGAUGUCAUCAACAUUGUCCCUGUCGUCAAGCACUCCUGCCCUCGCAGCGCUCUUGCCGAGGAGGCGCUGGAGGCAGGCCGCAUCUCCAUCAUGCAGUCGCAGAAGAAGCUUGGUCAAGAGCUUCUGCUAGAGUCUCUCUCCCUGCACGAGCAGAUUUAUGGCAUUCUUCACCCAGAAGUUGCUCGUGUGUACAACACACUGUCCAUGCUUUACUACCAGCUGGAUGAGAAGGAGGCAGCUGUAGAGCUCUCCCGCAAGGCGAUCGUUGUUUCUGAGCGGACGGUUGGUGUCGACUCAGCCGAGACACUACUCAACUACCUUAACCUCAGCUUGUUCCUCCACCAGACUGGCGACAGCCAAGGCGCUUUGUCGUAUGCGAAGCACGCCCUUCAGCUUUGGAAGAUAAUCUAUGGCCCUGACCAUCCUGACUCGAUUACGACCAUCAACAAUGGUGCCGUCAUGCUUCAGCACCUGAAGGCCUACCAUGAGUCUAGAUUAUGGUUUGAGGAAUCGCUACGAGUCUGCGAGAAGGUCUUCGGAAAGUCGUCGAUCAACGCUGCAACGCUGCUGUUCCAGCUUGCGCAAGCACUGGCCCUCGACCAAGACUCCAAGGGCGCAGUCAAGCGCAUGCGAGAAUCCUACAACAUCUUCUUGAGCGAGCUAGGCGCUGACGACAAAAACACCAAGGAGGCAGAGAGCUGGCUGGAGCAACUAACCCAGAACGCCGUCUCCAUCGCAAAGCACGCCAAAGAUAUGCAGACUCGCCGCCUGCGCACAGGCAUCAAAUUUUCACCUCGAGGCGCCCCUUUCGAAGCUGACGCACCCUCUGCUGUCGCCUCGACCUCUCGCCAGACUCAGCUCGAUGGCUCCUCUCAAAUGGACUCGCGUAGCAUCGAUGAGCUCAUCAAAUUCAUUGAGGGCAACGACCAACAAACCAACAAGUCUUCGAAGCGGCCAAGCAGGGGUAACCCCAAGAGGCGAGGCAAGGCUUGA